GCCUGGGGCGGGGCACCUUCAGUGCUCCCUGCCCUGGCGGGGUCUGUAGAAUAAGUGUGGGAUCUUUCAUUCUAGCUGAGAAGUCUCCAUCCACAACGUUUGUCAAGAGCCCCAGAGGGACUGAGGGUACCGGAUCCCCGGCGGAGAACCAGGGGAUGAGAAGGGAUUCCCUCCCCUGUGUUUCUUUGGGGUCCAUUCCAAAUUUGCGUAAUUGAAGACAGAGGUUAUGAAGUCCAACCUAGAUGGCCUCGCGGACACCACCUUCCGGACCAUCACAACAGACCUCCUCUACGCAGGCUCUAACGACAUUCAGUACGAAGAUAUCAAAAGCAACAUGGCAUCCAAACUAGGAUACUUCCCACAGAAGUUCCCUUUAACUUCUUUUAGGGGUAGCCCAUUCCAAGAAAAAAUGACUGUGGGAGAUAAUCCCCAGUUAAUUCCAUCGGACCAGAUAAAUAUCACAGAGUUUUACAACAACAAAUCUUUAUCCUCAUACAAGGAUAAUGAGGAGAAUAUCCAGUGUGGAGAGAACUUCAUGGACAUGGAAUGCUUCAUGAUUCUAAAUCCUAGUCAGCAGCUGGCCAUUGCAGUAUUGUCCCUCACACUGGGUACUUUCACGGUCCUGGAGAACCUGUUGGUGCUGUGUGUCAUCCUCCACUCCCGUAGCCUCCGCUGUCGGCCUUCUUAUCACUUUAUUGGUAGCCUGGCAGUGGCAGACCUGCUGGGCAGUGUCAUUUUUGUCUACAGCUUUGUCGACUUUCAUGUGUUCCACCGGAAAGAUAGCCCAAAUGUAUUUUUGUUCAAAUUGGGCGGAGUGACAGCUUCCUUCACGGCCUCAGUUGGCAGCCUCUUCCUCACGGCCAUUGACAGAUACAUAUCCAUUCAUAGGCCACUUGCUUAUAAGAGGAUCGUCACCAGACCGAAGGCUGUGGUAGCAUUUUGUGUCAUGUGGACCAUCGCCAUCGUGAUUGCUGUGCUCCCUUUGCUAGGAUGGAAUUGCAAGAAGCUCCAGUCAGUUUGCUCAGACAUCUUUCCUCUUAUUGAUGAAACCUAUUUGAUGUUCUGGAUUGGCGUCACUAGUAUUCUACUUCUGUUCAUUGUGUAUGCUUAUGUUUAUAUAUUGUGGAAAGCACACAGUCAUGCGGUCAGAAUGAUUCAACGGGGUACUCAAAAGAGCAUCAUUAUUCACACGUCAGAGGAUGGCAAAGUCCAGGUCACUAGGCCUGACCAAACCCGCAUGGACAUUAGGUUAGCCAAAACCCUUGUCCUUAUUCUGGUGGUCCUGAUCAUUUGCUGGGGUCCGCUUCUUGCCAUCAUGGUCUACGAUGUCUUUGGGAAAAUGAACAAACUCAUUAAGACAGUGUUUGCUUUCUGUAGUAUGCUCUGCUUACUGAAUUCUACCGUGAACCCUAUUAUAUAUGCUCUGAGGAGCAAGGACCUGAGGCAUGCUUUCCGGAGCAUGUUCCCUACUUGUGAAGGCACGGCACAGCCCCUUGAUAACAGUAUGGGGGAAUCCGACUGCCCGCACAAACAUGCAAAUAGUGCAGGCAACGUUCACAGGGCUGCUGAAAGUUGCAUCAAGAGUACAGUUAAGAUUGCCAAAGUAACCAUGUCUGUGUCUACAGAUACCACAGCUGAAGCGUUGUGAGCUGAAGACUUCUCAGCCACAUUGGGAGAAA